UUUGAAUUGGAAACUGAAACACUAGUUCACUCAUGUGACAGAUGAUGUUAAGAUGUUCCAGAAGGUGUUGCUCAUUCAGCUGCUGUUGCUGCAUUCUGCGACUCAGAGCCAGCCAGAAACGAGCGCCCGCUGCCAUGAAGACGCUCAAAUGAUGUGUCCAGUUCCCAACAUCGAGAGCCUGGACUUCUUCUCCAUCACAUGGCACAAGCUCUCCGAAACAAAGAAAAGGCUCGCCGUCAUCAAGUGGAAAGACAACGUGACCACGUUGUUCAAAAACAUGAAUCGCUCACUAGAGCAAAGGUUUGGAGAGAAAUACAGUCUUUUGAUGCCCAGAGUGACACCGGAAGACCAAGGCACCUACGAAUGUGAAAUUACUGCAAAUUUAGGGGGUCGAAAUCAGAAUUUUCUAGUCCAGCUAACUGUCCAGGAGUGCUCGAUCCACCCUGAAACGACGACGAUGACUCCCGAGUCGAAUGUGACUCAGUCCAUCCCGCUCUACUCCGAGGAAGACGUACCAGCCUGGUGCAGCGGUGUUGGCUACGUGGCAGUCGGCCUCACCAAAAUUGCUUUAUCUCUAAUCAGCGUUUGGGUUAUUGAAGCUGUGGGUAAGAGGUCCUCAAGAUGACGCCAGCGUUUGAGGUGAAGCUGACCUGUGGAAUUAUACGAUUUAGACAAAUCAUCUGUAAGCAGUAGCCAGUAAACUUGUUUUGGGCUUUUUUUUAUUUAGUAUUUAUGUAUUUCUUUCCAGUUAAGUUCGUACAAAUGUUGGCCCAAACCUCAAGUUUCCUUUUCCAUGAAAGAUGCAUGAAAGGGGUCAACUCAACCACAACUCAAUCAAAAAUCUUUCUCAUAACUAACAGGGGGAGGCCCAACUGCAAAUGUAAAAUGAUGCAAUUAUGAUAGCAAAAAUUGUAAAUUUGAUUUACCUGAUUACUUUACACAGUGAUUCUAACAAACUCUGAAAUUUCAACUUUAACUGUAAAUUGGAACCGUCUGCUUGUAAUCAUUAUUUGAUUUAUCUGUUUAUAAAUGUAAAAUUAUACCUUUAAAUUGUGUGAAUAAACUCUGUAAAUCUUUCCACCACCUCAUGAUUGGCUUUUACUGCCCGUCAAUAAUCCAAUCCCCAAAGAGAAUAUCACUUUGGACGGGCACCACAAAGACCAAUAAGUGUAAUAAAUCUCUAG